CGAUUGAAAAGGCACGGAGAGAUCCGUCACCGAUCAGACAGAGUCAGCUUUUGAGCUGCGAAAGUAAUGAGUCACCCAUCAGUCUCAACAAAGACACCACCCGAUACCGUGGAGUUUACAAAGUUUUCCUGAAGACAGUUCUUCUUGGCUUUAAUUGUUGGACAUGCCACCUCAAAUGGAUUACUUUUACCACGAGUCAAGAGUUCCGUCCGUGUGCUUGGAGCAGGACGACGAGCUGGAGCCCGGCAUCAGCUGUAUGCUGGUCGGGGACGGUGCGGUCGGGAAGACCAGUAUGAUUGUCAGCUACACGACCAAUGGAUACCCUACGGAUUACAAACAGACGGCUUUUGACGUCUUCUCAGGACAGGUUCAGGUGGAUGGGACCCCUGUGCGGAUUCAGCUGAUGGACACCGCUGGACAGGAAGAAUUUGAUGAAUUCAGAUCUCUGUCUUACGCACACACGGAUGUCUUCCUUCUCUGCUUCAGUGUGGUUAACCCCACGUCGUUCCAGAACAUAACCAAGAAAUGGAUCCCUGAGAUUCGUGCGUGUAACCCGUCCUCCCCCAUCAUUUUAGUAGGAACCCAGUCGGACCUUCUGUUGGACGUUAACGUUCUCAUAGACCUGGAUAGGUACAAGGUCAAACCCGUGUUCAGCUCGCGGGCGCGGAGCCUCGCCGAGAAGAUCAGGGCCGCCGAGUACGUGGAGUGUUCGGCCCUUACCCAGAAGAACCUAAAGGAGGCCUUCGACGCGGCGAUAUUCGCGGCUAUUAAACACAAAGCCAGGAAGGCCAAAAAACUGAGGCUAUCAGACAGACGAGCCAAAGCUUUUUCCAAAUGCAGCUGGAAGAAGUUCUUCUGCUUCAUCUGACCCCGUGGGUCGAAGUGUGUGGACUGUUUACAUGAGAUGUUAAUUUAUUUUGGACAAUGCGUUUACCUACGGUUAUUUAGCUUUAUUUUGUGGGCGGAGUUGUUUGAUCUGUGGAAAACGUCCCGUGUUACUCGACACAAAGUUAACGGAGCACGCAAGCUGCAUAAGUGACACUUGCUGUAAGAUUGAUACACACUUUAUGAAGAAAGACUAGAGACAACUACUCCUUAAAUCAUUUUUUGCUCCCAAAGAGCACCCACCAUAUGUAAAUGAAUGGAUUUGCAUGAGCUGGAUAGCUGCCUAUUCAAAGCUUGAAUGGUGCUCACGUGGAGAAGUCUCUGAUGGUCGAGGGAACAAGAGCGGGUAUCUGUCUUAUCUCUUUUGUGUCGAGCCCUACUUAGACAGACUCUUUCAUAUGCAACGGGCUGAUGUGUGAGAUGUCUCCUUCUUAGGGGCCUGUGACCGUAUAAAUCCGACAUCACUCUUACAAUGAUUCAGCCUGUUCUCCUGAUAAACCUUAGAUGGGGAUUGUCUUGCAAAUUGGCAAGAUAAGAUUAUUAGGCUUGUGUGAAAACGGUUUCCUACGUCCGGGGGAAAAUUCGGCAAGGUUUUUCCUGGUUUCCUAAGACGGCUUUAGCAUCUUCCCUUGUGCAAAUGUAUUGUCAGAGCGCACACACAGACGAAUGUAUAGAAGCCCAGCCCAUUUUGUGAAGCCAUAGCUUGGUUAUGUUUGUUUUUUAAUGCUUUACUGACAGUGUGUGCUUUUCGCAGGGUAAACAAUACUGUCUCUGUUACAAAUAUGCUUCUUGUGGAAGUUAUAGUAAAAUGCUGUUUGUUUUAACAGUUAUUUUUUUAAACAGUUUUAACUGUUCUGUUUUGAUGCCUCAGGCAAGAAGGAUGUACCGCUUGAUCAUUUUAUCUGUCUUCACUACCGUUUUGCCUUUUUGAUCAAAUUCAAGCAGCACUUUUCACAGCUUCUCCUUCAGUGUUUCUUUGCAUAAUCUAAAAAUAAAUUUAAAGGGCAAAAUACAUUUCCAAUGCUGUUUUCCCAACGCAACUAUGCAAGUUCCCUGUUUUCUUUUCUUUUUUUUCUGCUAUAAGUGUUAUAUGUGAAAGUUGUUUAUUUACAUGAUCAUGUGUUUCUCUUAAAUAUUAAAUAAAUAACAUGAUGAAAAUGGA